AUGACAGAUGAACAGAAAAUUCCACCAAACCGCACCCCCGUUCACAACCCCGUCCCAUCCUUCUGGACAGCAACGACUUUUCCACUCAGUGACCACCGCACGACGCCCGAUCUCCCCACAACAAGUGACAUAGUCGUCAUCGGCGCCGGGCUCGCCGGUGUCGCAACAGCUUAUCACAUACUGAAGCAGCACCAUGGCUCCACCGCGGAGAAGCCUCCUCCUUCCGUCCUCAUCCUCGAGGCGCGGCAGAUAUGCUCCGGCGCGACGGGCCGUAAUGGAGGGCACAUCAAGCCGGACGUCUACUUCAACGUCGGCAAGUACGCCAGCUUGUAUGGCAUGGAAGCCGCUGCCGAGAUGGCCAGGUUUGAGGCGGAGCACGUCUAUGCGGUCAAGGAUUUGAUCGAGACCGAGGGUCUGGAUUGCGAUUUUCACCUCACAAGAGCAGUGGACGUUUGCUUGGAUGCAGACCAUGCACGUGAGACCGAGGCUGCAUAUAGGGAGCUGGUCAAGGCCGGCGUGGCGGACCUGCGGGAUGUUGACUUUACGCCAAAGCCAGACGCAGAGAGGGUAUCUGGGAUCAAAGGUGCACAAUGCUGCUUCUCUUUCACUGCCGCACAUCUCUGGCCAUCCAAACUGGUCCACCAGCUCCUGCAACGGCUCAUUGAUCAAGGCGGCAUCAACGUGCAGUCCAACACCCCAGUGAUCUCCAUAGCGUCCAAACCCGACUCAGAAGGGCGCUGGACGAUAACCACGCCUAGGGGUAACGUGGCAGCGCGCAACGUCGUCCACGCGACCAACGCAUACGCGGCGCACCUCCUGCCUGAGUACACUGGCCGCAUCGUUCCGGUCCGUGGCGUGUGUAGCCGUAUUGUGCAUCCGGAGGGGCAGCACGGCAGUCAACACCUUGUCAACACGUACGGGAUUAGGUACAGCGCGCGGGAUUAUGAUUAUCUCAUCCCCCGUGCCGAUGGAAGUAUAGUAGUUGGGGGUGCCAGGCAGAUGUUCUGGCACAAGCCGGAAUUGUGGUUCAAUAACAUCCGUGACGACGAGCUUGUUGAGGAAGCCGGGGGAUAUUUUGACGGGUAUAUGCAGCGGACGUUUCGGGGCUGGGAGAAUAGUGGUGCGACAGUCGACAAGGUGUGGACUGGGAUCAUGGGUUAUUCGUCCGACUUUAUGCCCCACGUGGGACAAGUCCCUGGCAAAGACGGCCAGUACAUCAUUGCCGGCUUCUCGGGGCACGGAAUGCCUGAGAUCCUACUCGCAAGCCGUGGUGUAGCGAAGAUGGUCUGCAGCGGUGUUUCCUUUGAGGCUACCGGCCUUCCGCGAUUGGUCGAAACGACCGCAGAGAGGAUUAGCAAGGAGCGGGGCAGUGCGCUCGAGGAGUCUCUCAGCUCGACGUUGGGUGACGAUCACAGGAUAUUGAGGUAA